UUAUUGUUUUGUUUCGUAGAAAUAAAGCGUCGAUUCACAAAGCAGUAGCUUCCAUCCAAUGUCAUAUAUGCAGCAAAAAUACUUAAUAUAGCUAUUGUGUUUUCAGUGUUACGGAACGUGAAUGUUUCAAGGCGUCCUAUGUUUGUUUUUGACCGUUGCAUUCUGGGUGAAGAUUUCGUCGCACCAAUAUGGCUGCGCCCAUCUGGCUUUGGAAAGCCUUCUGAACUCUAAUGUUUUUACUUAUCCAACCAUAUAGCGGUACUUUUAAACUUCUCGUGUGAAAAUGUUUUAUCUAUUGCUAAGGUGCAAAUUAAACUGCACCUCCAGUGUUCCGCUGCGCUAUGCGCAUGCUCGUCUGAGUAAAGUCAAAGACGUACGGAUUCACAGACGAGAAACCUCACUGACCCAACUCGGUGGUAGACGAAUCUUCUGUACGAAACCGAAUGAUGCGACCAAUCGGUUGUGGGUUCAAGCCCGGAAUUCGCUCGGACGCGCUGCGGGCCGAAACGCCAGGCUCCCGGGGGCCGUCCUGGGCUUGUUUGUAGCGGCACCGUCGGCACUGACCGUCACAGCACGUCUUCUUUGCAGUCCAGCGUAUUGUCAGGAUGGGACUGCAGAAGCUGAGGUCCAAACUCCAGAAGCGGAGCUUGAGUUUAGCUGGGCUAUCCUCUGGGAGUUCAUUAAACCACAACUUCUAGCUCUCCUGGGUGCAGUUGUUCUCGCCUUCGGUGCAGCCGUCCUCAACAUUCAGAUCCCUCUCAUGCUGGGUGACCUGGUCAAUGUGGUGGCCCGUUACAUGCGAGAACAUCCAGGCAGCUACCUCAGAGAAGUGAGAGAGCCAGCUCUGAAGCUUCUGGCAUAUUAUGGGCUGCAGGGCCUGUUGACCAGCGGUUACAUCAUCUGUCUCUCCAGGGUGGGGGAACGAGUGGCUGCAGACAUGAGGAAACGGCUCUUCCAGUCUUUACUAAGACAGGAUAUCGCCUUUUUCGAUGCCAACAAGACGGGCCAGCUUGUCAAUCGCUUAACUGCUGAUGUCCAAGAGUUCAAGUCUUCAUUUAAACUGGUCGUCUCUCAGGGUUUGCGUAGCGUCACCCAGACGGUUGGGUGCUUCGUGUCUCUCUACCUCAUCUCCCCCAAACUCACGGGCUUGACCGUGGUGGUCAUGCCCUGCCUGGUGGGGGCCGGAGGCCUCAUCGGCUCCUUUCUGCGACGGCUGUCUCGCAAAGCCCAGGAGCAGGUAGCCAAAGCCACUGGCGUGGCAGAUGAGGCGAUAGGGAAUGUGCGCACAGUGAAAGCCUUCGCCAUGGAAGACCGUGAGAUGCAGAUGUACGCCGUUGAAGUGGAUAAGUCAUGUGCCAUGAACGAAACUCUGGGGUCUGGAAUUGCCGUUUUCCAAGGCCUGUCCAACAUCGUCCUGAACUGCAUUGUCUUAGGCACCAUUUUCGCAGGGGGGUCUUUAAUGGCCAGUGAUGAGCUGUCCCCUGGCGACCUCAUGUCUUUUCUGGUGGCCUCUCAGACCGUGCAGAGAUCUAUGGCCAGUAUCUCCAUCCUAUUCGGACAGAUGGUGAGAGGAGUCAGUGCUGGAGCCCGCGUAUUUGAAUACUUGAAGUUGGAGCCUACCAUUCCACUGAAAGGGGGAGGCCGAAUCCCGUACCAUUCCCUCAUUGGGAGGGUGGACUUCAUGAAUGUCACUUUCAGCUACCCAACAAGACCAAAGCAACAGAUACUGAGAAACUUCACCCUCGCCCUCCCACCUGGUAAAACUGUGGCCAUAGUCGGCGAGUCUGGGGGAGGUAAGUCCACGGUGGCUGCCCUUCUGGAACGCUUCUAUGACCCCAACACGGGAGGGAUCUUGCUGGAUGGCCAGAAUAUUCAGACCCUGGACCCCUCCUGGAUCCGUGGGGCAGUCGUCGGGUUUAUUAACCAGGAGCCUGUGCUCUUCGGUACCUCGGUCAUGGAGAAUAUCCGCUUCGGCAAGCCGGAGGCCACCGAUUCCGAGGUCAUCGCUGCUGCCACGCUGGCCAACGCACACGCCUUCAUCACUGCCUUCCCGGAGGGCUACAACACAGUGGUCGGUGAGCGAGGCGUGACUCUGUCUGGGGGUCAGAAGCAACGCAUCGCCAUCGCCCGUGCGCUGAUCAAGAACCCCCGCAUCUUGGUGCUGGACGAGGCCACCAGCGCCUUGGACGCCGAGUCAGAGCGGGUGGUUCAGGAGGCGCUGGACCGGGCUGCUUCGGGUCGCACCGUGCUGAUCAUCGCGCACCGUCUGAGCACCAUCCAGAGGGCUGACCUUAUCUGUGUGCUCAGCAACGGCCGCAUCACAGAGGCUGGGACACACUUUGAUUUGCUGAGCAGAGGAGGCCUCUAUGCUGACCUGAUUCGUCGCCAGAGAGCCCAGGGCCAGAAAUGAGCACGGCAGCCGACGGACCACCCCCUUGAACUGAGCACUGUAGUACAGUUUUGAAUGCUGACUUGCAAAUUCAAAACUACCUCUGCAUAUAAAUAUAUUUCACUUGCCAUUACAAUUAGCUAGGGUAGCUGUACAUCAUACUUAGCUUUCUGUAUAGAAAAGCUUUUAACAACAGACAACUUACAGGAUAUGGCAAGUUCUGUUUAAAUCCAUUGUCUGUACCCAAAACAUCUUUUAUGAGCGCAAACAAUGUUCAAAUAGAAGCUGUAUCGUGUAAGUGAAGUGGAUCAUAUAAACUCCUCUGUACGCUACAUUGUGGUGCUGUCUGCUAAGGAAAAAGGGUCCUUGAAUUUGAUGUACUAAAAUCUUGCUCUUCACUGCAAAAUAUCAGCUAAGCCAAUUUUGUAUUCUGAAAAUAAUUUUUUUGUCUUGAAAUUUCAUCAACUUAUUUGCUGCUGGAUACAAAGUGAAAUGAUUUUGCUACACUUCUAAAGUCAUAUCCUCCAUGCAGGGGUGCUACUAGAGAUUUUGGGCCCCAUGAAAGCAUAUCAUACUGGGCCUCCAACCCAGACUGAUCUAAAUAUGUUGGAAACUUUCAGAGGGCCCCUGUCACACCCCCUAUACAACACAUCCUGCCCCAAUAACAGGGUCAUACUGUCUUCUAUUGCAUUUCUUUUUGUGGAUGUAAGGAUUUUUCACAGGAAAUAGAUAUAUUAAAUAAACCGUAGCAUUUCUGAA